AUGAAUUCAAGUUAUGCAGAGGGGACACUUUAUCAGCGGGAUCAGAGCAGAACACAGCUGUUUGGCUCGAGGGACAAUGUGAAUUCUGAUCCACCAUCUUCCGCAUACGAUACGAAAUCGACGAUGGAUUAUUCACAGAGUAGGCUUGCGCAACUGGAGUCGCAGAGCGAGGAGCAUAUGGGGUUGAUGAACCAGAAGGUCAAGGCUUUAAAGUCUCUGUCCCUGCGGAUGGGGGAUGAGAUCCGGGGCAGCAAUCAAACUCUCACCAAUCUAGGCCACACAUUCGAGGGCACAACAGCCAAGCUCAAGAACACGUUCACUAACAUGAUGACGAUGGCCGGUAAAUCUCGAAUCACGAUCAAGAUGUGGCUUGCUAUAUUCUCCAUCGUAGGGCUCUUAUUCUUUUGGGUGUGGGUUCAUUGA